AUGGCUAAAGGUUUAAAGUUGAAGGAAUUGCUAUCGCAUCAAAAGGAAAUUGAAAAAGCUAAUAAGCUUGAAAAUGACCUAAAGAAGAAGAAAGCUCAAGGAUUGAAAAAAGAAGAACCUACCAUCAUAUCAGCCACUGAUUUAGAGAAACUUCAGAAGAAAAAGAAGGAGCUUGAAGUCGAGAAUGAAGUUGCCACCAAUGGUGAAGAAUAUCAAAGCCAGGCCAUGUCUAAGAAAGAAAAAAGAAAAUUAAAGAAAGAAUUGAAGAAGACGCAAGAGAUGGGGACAUUAAAGGCCCAACAGCAUGAAACCGAUGUAGGCGAUGAUAAAGAAGAGGAAGAAGAGGAAGAAGAAGAAGACGGAAGGUUAGAUCUUGAAAGGUUGGCCAAGAGUGACUCUGAAUCUGAAGAAGAUGAAGAAGAAGAUGAAGAAGACGGUGUCGUUGCUGAAGAAGACGAUGUUGUUUCUGAAGAGAAAGAAGAAGAAGAAGAAGAAGAAGAGGAGCAAGACGUUCCGUUAUCAGACGUCGAGUUCGAUUCUGAUGCUGAUGUUGUCCCAUAUCAUAAAUUAACCAUCAACAACACCAAAGCCAUGAAACAUGCCUUGGAAAGAGUACAAUUGCCUUGGAAAAAACAUUCCUUCCAAGAGCAUCAAAGUAUCACGUCUCAAACUAAUACGGAUGAACAGAUCAAGGAUAUCUACGAUGAUACCGAGAGAGAAUUGGCAUUCUACAAGCAAUCGUUGGACGCUGUCUCGGUGGCACGUGACGAAUUGAAGCGACUAAAAGUAGCCUUCAAAAGACCGUUGGAUUAUUUUGCUGAAAUGGUUAAGAGCGACGAGCACAUGGACAAGAUCAAGGGCAAGCUGAUCGAAGAGGCCAGCGACAAAAAGGCGCGUGAAGGAGCUAGAAGACAACGACAACUAAAGAAAUUCGGUAAACAAGUCCAAAAUGCCACUCUCCAGAAACGUCACUUGGAAAAAAGAGAAACACUGGACAAGAUCAAAUCUUUGAAGAACAAAAGAAAGCACAAUGAGAUCGACCACUCUGAGUUUAACGUCGGUGUGGAGGAAGAAGUGGAAGGAAAGAGGUCCGAGAGAGGCAAGCCAAACGGUAAGAGGGCCGCAAAGAAUUCCAAGUAUGGUCAGGGUGGUAUGAAAAGAUUCAAAAGAAAGAACGAUGCAGACUCCUCCGCUGAUGUUACCGGCUUUUCCUCCAGGAAAAUGAAGGGUAAACCCAGCAGACCAGGAAAGAACAGACGUCCCAGACGAUUCUAA